AUGGUGACAACUUUACAAUUUGGCUUCGUCAGCCCAACUCACGAUCACUGUCCCUGCCAGGGAGUGGUCUACGUGAUAUGCGUGACUACACUGUUGUUGUCCUACACGUUCGGAUGUGGCAAGCUUCUCCUUGGGCCUCACCAGCAGCAGUGCGCUGACAGACCUGACAGACUCGGCUCGAAUGAAACGCAGACGACGCUAAAGGGCCCGACGCCAGCGUUACCGGUGAGCGGAGACCCGGGCUUCAGUCCAGAGGAGUGGGACCGGAUACAACAGGCGAUCCACUGGCCCGAACCUGACCGUGAGAUUAGCAAUGCAAGUGUCUGCACGAGUGCGGCCCACUCCACCUUCAUUAUUAACGACUUCACGCAGAGUUACACAGUGGGAGAGGAAGUCUUCGCCACCAUCUUCGCCAAAGACUUCACUGGUACUCCAAAACGCUACGGAGGAGACUUCUACCAGGCCAAGGCUUAUUCAGACAAAUUAAAGGCCAGCGUGUUUGGAGAGGUGGUGGACCACCAGAACGGCACCUACACGGCCCGGUUCAGGCUCCCGUGGGCCGGCCCAGUGACGCUGGCCGUGCGCCUGAUCCACUCCAGCGAGGCGGUCCGCGUCCUCAAGCAAUGGCGGCGCAAUGACGCCGACCGGAUCUACUUCCUGAACUACUUCCAGGGCGCCAGUCAGCAGCUUGGGGGUGCCACGGUGGAGGAGGUGGUGGAAUGUAACGUGAAGUGGCCGGGCGUGAAGUUGUCGCCGUCGCUACGGGGACGGUGCGAGUACCACGACGCCCACACGGGUCUCACCUGGCAGUGCCACAAGCCCCCGACGCUGACGUGCCAGGACCGCGUGUUCCACUCGGGGGGCGGAUUCAGGAAACGCAACCACGCCCUGGAGGAGGUCCUCAUGGACAGUCAGCAUGUGAACCAGUGGCUUACCGGUGACUCGCGCCUGAUUAGAGUGACUGGAUCUAAUUUAAGCACUGUGGUGAGCAAGCCGUGCAAACCUGGACUUCCCACGCCAGUCCCAGCAGGAUUCUACCUGAACAAUGUGUGGACGUCACUUGUGUGCGCCACCCGACAUUUCUCCGUUCCAGACAUCGCUCCAUGCCUGAGGGACAAGGACAUCUAUUUCUUCGGAGACUCCACCAUCAGACAGUGGUUUUCAUACCUCAAUGAGACUGUACCAACUCUAAACAGCGUCAACAUCCAGACAGAUCCCCUCAUGGCCGUGGACCUGCAGAACAACAUCGCCAUGCACUUCCGCACCCACGGCCUUCCUCUGCAUAGCGGCAAGAUCCCCGUGGUGAGCCUCCACUACAUGAGCAGCGAGAUCGAUGGCCUGGCUGGUGGGCCGCGCACCGUGGUCGUGUUGAACUUGUGCGCACACUUCACCAGCUACCCACUCACGUACUACGCCUACCGCGUCUGGCUGAUCCGGAGGUCGGUCGUCGCCCUCUUGAAACGCGCGCCGGAGACGAAGGUCAUCAUCAAGACGGCCAACACGGGGUACAACAAAAAGCAUCUUUAUCGCAGUGAUUGGCUCACUAUGCAAGUGGACCGGAUCCUGCAAGAGGGCUUCCGUGACGUGGGGGUCUACAUGGUGGAUAUGUGGCAGAUGACCUCCUGCCACUACCUCGAGGACAACCUCCACCCUGCCCCGCUGAUAGUCAAAAACGGAGUCGACAUACUUCUCUCUUUCAUUUGCCCCCGCUAA